GAGAAGCACUGUGAUUUUUAAGGAAAUACCUUUAAUUAAUUUAAAAUGUAUUUAAUUAAGCAUUUAUUAAUCAACUCAUACAUAUUAAAAUGAUCAAUUAUAUUGUAAUGUGAAUCUAAUGGCUCCAAUUCAUGGCUUUACAGUAACAAAACCUAAAAAUGGAUAAAACACUAGUGUGCAAAACAGUGAAGAAAUGAGAAACGAUUGAUCAUUGUAGGGUGAAAUAAUUUUGAAAAGUGGACAAUAAAAAAUAUCUUUAUUUCAUAUAAUCCUAAAGUACCUUCAUUAGUCAAAAUUAAGACAUUGACGUCAGAUUUCUUGAAAAACCUAAAAUCCACCUAUACAUUAAAAAAUCUCUCGAUAAAAUGCACAAACAUAUUUCAUAAUAUAACAAAAUCCUUUAAACACCAAUCUAUCAACUUUUCGAAAUUUACUUUUUUUCUGUUUAAGGCAAUGGUGAGGACCAACCGAGCCACCGUAGGAGGAUUUUUUCUGGCUGGCAGAAGUAUGGUGUGGUGGCCGAUUGGAGCUUCACUCUUUGCGAGUAACAUUGGAAGUGGCCAUUUUGUAGGAAUAGCAGGAACUGGAGCUGCUGCUGGUAUUGCCAUUGGAGGGUUUGAGUGGAACGCUCUUGUUGUCGUGAUAAUUCUGGGAUGGCUCUUUGUGCCCGUGUACAUAAAGGCCGGGGUGGUGACCAUGCCCGAAUAUCUGAAGAAACGGUUUGGCGGGCAGCGUAUCCGUAUCUACCUCUCUGUGCUAUCCCUGUGUCUCUAUGUGUUCACCAAAAUCUCUGCAGAUAUGUUUGCGGGAGCCAUUUUUAUAAAUCAGGCUUUGGGACUCAACAUUUAUCUGGCUGUGUUUCUUUUGCUGCUCAUCACAGCACUGUAUACAGUAACAGGUGGACUAGCUGCAGUGAUCUAUACAGACACCCUACAGACCAUCAUCAUGGUUGUGGGAUCAUUUAUUCUUAUGGGUUUUGCGUUCGAUAAGGUUGGAGGCUACGAGAACUUUAAGGAUCAGUACAUGAACGCGAUCCCGUCGGUGAUCAACCCAAACAUCAGUUCACAGUGCUACACGCCCCGCGCAGACUCAUUUCACAUUUUCAGAGACCCCAUCAAGGGAGAUCUGCCCUGGCCUGGGCUCAUUUUCGGUCUCACUAUCCAGGCUGCUUGGUACUGGUGCACCGAUCAGUUGGACAUUUGA